AUGAUUUCAUUAAACGACAGAAAUGUGCAAAUAUUUAUGUUGGUAUUAAAUGUGCUACUUCAAUCUGUAGAAUCUACUCAAUCUUUAAUAAAAAAUGAUAUUAGUCUUUUUGUUAGAGUAAAUUUAACAUGUCCAUUACCACUAACAACUUUGGAUUUCAUUUACAAUCUUACGCAACCUAAUUUAGAAAUUAUAUGGCCAUGUGAAGUGCGUUUUUACUGGCAAUCGUUACAACCAUUUGUCGAAUUUGUACGAUUUUUGCUUGGCUAUAUAACACCAUUUAUUAUAAUACUUGGUGUGUUGUUAAAUACCAUUUCGUUUGGAAUGCUAAGCACUCCCAUACUCUGUGAAUCAAAUUUAUCGCUUUAUUUAAAAGCACUCGCACUAUCCGACAAUGGAGCAUUAAUUUUUAAUUAUGCUGUGGGUAUCGCAAAGUCUCACUUCGCAUUUGUUAAUAAUCUUUUUAUGAAUAGUAGGUUUCUGUGCAGCUUAAAUUCCGUUACAAUGGAGUUCUUUCAAUUUACAUCUACUUGGCUGGUUGUGGCUCUCACGUGGACUCGAGUUUUUGCUAUUAUGUUUCCUUUUGGAAUACGUGGUCAUUGCGACAACUGUUCCGAAAUAAUAACUCUUACUACUUUAAUAUGUACCAGCUUUGUAAUAUCGCUAACAAAAUUAUAUUCAGGAGGAUACGAAACAGACAGCGUAUUUGAGUUCAUACCGUGUCAAAAGAAAAUAAAACCAUGGGGUAGCGCUAUGUAUUUUUACAUUGCUUUAUCAACAUGGCUGCCAUUGCUCUUCAUAUUUCUUGGGAACAUUUUGCUUAUUUUACAUAUGAAAAAGACUGAGAAAAUUCGUUGUCAGUUGACUCAAAAUUUCAGACAUAAAGCGAACAGAACGCAUCAUACUUCCAGAAUACUAUUUGUAGUGUCGACAGUUUAUUUAAUAUUAUUAUUACCCCUUGGCAUUGUCGAAACUUUGGAACUCUAUUGGGAUGUUAUUUUGAUCAAAUUCCCUGCUACGGAGGCAAAGAAAAACAUGGAAUACGUACAUUGGUUGAAAGAGAAAAUGCUAUUGAAAUGGUGCCGUGGAUUAUGCUUCCACGUGUACCAUUGGAAUUUUGCAAUUAAUUUCUUUCUGUACUGUCUUACCGGUGAGAAAUUUCGAAACGUAGUGAUACAAACAAUAAGACGUUACAAAAGAGUAAUAUUUUCAAUAUUUUCCAAACAUAUCGACAAGUAUAUAUUUUGUUCGAAGUAUCCAACACAUUUAAAGUCCGUUCAGUCAACAAAUGUAUUACUCAUAAGAGCUAUUACGCUCAGUGAACAAUCUAUAAAUGCAGGCGUUUCCGCACAAAGCAACAGCAGCAUUGCUGCGAACAAUUAAUAGAAGAGUAAUAUUGGAAAACUUUCUAAAGACUGUUAGUAUUAAACAUCACGAACUAUGUUUUUUCACAUACGCAUCUUUUAUUGCAUACAUUAUUACAUACUUCAUGGCAAGUUUUAGUAAUUAUUUCAAUUUUAUUGCGGAUACAUUCUUGCCCAAUUACCGUUCUCGUUGUUACUUGUACUUUAAUUAACAAUAAUUGAGAUUUCUGUUAUAUAAUACAUUAAAUAUCUCGUUUUACGUACAUGACAAAAAUAAUUACUAACGUAGUCGGAUAUCACAAUCUAUAUUUUAAAAUAAUUUUAGAAGUUACACUCUUUCGCAUCAUAUGCAUAGGAACAAAGAAGAUAACAAAAGUAUAAUUAUUAUCUUAUUUCUAAUUUUAAUUCUCUUUAUUAAAAUUAAUUAAAAAUUUAAUCGAUUUUAUAAGUUAAAUAACUGGUCCCAAUACAGAUCGCGGUAUUAAUAGAAUUAUUGCUUAUCAAUACUGCAGUUCAAAUUUCCUCCGACCAUCUUGCCAAUUUGCUACAUCGUAUUACAAUUCCGAAGCACAUAUUUAUGUACACACACGCUUUCAUAUACAUAUUGUAUAUAUACAUAUCAUAUAUGUAUAUAUAUCUUAAAAACUGAUAACAAGUAGUUCUUAAAAUAUACGUAAAUUAAAUUUGUAAAUAUGUUUCGUUGUAUAUUUACAUUAAAAUAUAUUGAUUUUUAAAUAUAAAGCAAAAUUUCAUUUUUAUAUCCUUGGGACUGCGUAAUUAUGUACCAUAUAUUAA